AUGAAGUUAUUAGCAUCUGUUUUGUCUGUCGCCGCAGCCGACUAUGCGUGCUGCCCAUACGACGACUUUGGAGUCCCUCACGAUACUUGUAUUGAGGUCUUGAGCGAAAAAUCUCCAUUUUCUCCGGUUGAUCCAGCAACCACUCUUGUUCCACAGGAGUCUUAUGCUUGCAAGGCUUGGGAAGCAAACGCGGGCGCUGCUUCUGAGUCCCACAAAGGAACAAGCACUGUUCAAAAUGACUGGGGAAGCUGCGGUUUCCAGCGACAUUUCCCUUGGUACCAUUCAAAGGCCGGUGAUACCUCUGAUAAUCUUCAUAAACUUGGUCUUUGGACGAGCGGAGCUGCUAACUACCAAGUACUCGCUACUGGUGGAAAUUUCGGAGCCAAUACUAAUCCGGCCGAUGUGAACGCUAGUAAUGGUUGGAAUAUGCUCUCCCUUACCAGAGGAUCUUUCUCCGGUGAAGAUAAGGGCGCUGCUGCCGAGGGAGGCAAGCCAGUUGUUGGAGAAGUUCAUCUUGGUGCAGUUUGCAAACUGUUUGUUCCUGUUCAGAAGAAUUUCAUCCGCCAAGUCAGUGUUGCUGGUGUUCACGUCAAUAAUGCUCGAGUCGCUGGGGGAUCUCUUCGAGCAUUCUCGACUGAAAUGAAUGCUGCUGUUGUCGGUAACUUUGCUGGUUCCGCUGGCACCACUCAUUCUGCGAGCUACCAUGCUGGUACUGCAUACUGCUUCUCAGUUGUCAAUAUUGCCGAGUUCAUGACAAACAGAAAGAAUAACAUCGCUAACGCCAACGUCGCUGGUGAAGAUGAAACUGCCCGUGGAGCAGGCGGCACUGGCAAAGAAUGGUUUGGUGACGAUGUCGGCUUUAAAUACGACGAUACUACUGGUGCUGCAACUGCUGCUCAAUUUGGUACCAUCUGGCCAGGUUUCGACCAAAACACGAACUUCGGCCAGUUGAAGGGAACUCCUGGAGAUAAAACUUCUGGACAACACAAAGUCAACAUGGGAUCCAACUUCGAUGUUGUUGUUCACUUUGAUACCGCCUGGUGUGCUUCUCACUGGAACAUUGUUGACAUGCAGAAGAGCAACGAUCAUGGCUAUGGCGAAACUACCGGAAACGCUGUUCCUUCUCCAAAUGAUAAGCAACAGAAUCUCCGAUCAUGGAACGGUGGAGCUGCGCCCACUUAUGGCACUAAGGAAGCCCUUAUGGAUGCUUGGGAUAAGCGUCUUAGAGGUGAUGUUGGAUCAUGUGGUCUCUGCUACGAUAAAAAUGAUGGCGUUCAACGUGGUCCAAACGCUGAUGGCCUCACAUCGUGCCGAGCCAAUAGCGUUCUUGGUUUCACGAAAACUCUCAAUGCUGAUACGACCUUGAACAACGAACUUAUGGACGAUAAUUUCGGCUUCAAUUACAACACUGCUGGUUCCGGCAGUUGCACAAAUCUCAACACAUACACAAGUGGAACCCGAAGAUGGCCAAACGCUGGUGCAUGGGCCGCCUUCUACUCAUUCAUCACUUGUGCUCGCUCUGACUACAUGAUUUAUGGACCUGCCACAAGAAACUUGAGAAAGGUCAAUGUCAAUGUCAUGGGCGGACUUGCAGGAGGUCAUUUGACUGAAGACAAAGGAGCUGAAGGCGCCGAAGCUUUCCAAGAUGGUACCCACAACAAGCCAGCUGAAAGUGGUGUUGGUAACAACGACAACCGUAUGGUCAUCGUUGGAGGUUGGCAUCAGGAUUACCGCCACGGUGUUGGCGCUUGCGUCCGAUUUAAUCUCCGACAGGUCGGUAACAAUGUCGAAUAUUGUGCUGAUGGUGAUGAAGAAGCUUUCAAUGCUAAUGCUUACACUGCAAACUACAACCCUACUGGAGACACCAGCCUCUGGUCGCAAAAUAAUCCAAAACGAUGCACAUGGAACUGGAAUUACAAAACAUCUAUCAACAGUAAUACUUAUGAUGCUGAGGCAUGGUUCGACAGUGUCGACCCUCUUCACAAGCAGGUUUGGAACUCGGAAGCAUGGAUCGAUGAGCCUCAUCCAGGAGUUGUCAGCUCGCAAGCUCAAAACUAUGCUGUCAAUGUCGCCUUGGGAGCACUCACUGAUACUCUCAACAUCAAACUUAUGGUUCAAGACAAACGACCAAGCGCAAUCAACGGUGUUGCAGUUACUGCCGCCAGCUAUGUUGGACCAAAUAAACUUGAAAUGGAUGCUGCUGUCUCUGGCAGUUCCGGCUACCUUAACAUUGUGACAGCACCAACUCAGUGGGAUGCCGCCAAUACUGGUAAUUCGCGAACCGAUGCUGCCGCUGAAGUGACACUUUUCGACACCACUACUGGAGGAACUUGGGCUGCAAUCUCCCUUACCUGCCGACGAGGAUCAAGUCCUUCAACAGACCGAUCUGACUUCCCUGACUGCUUCUUUGGUGACGAAAUCCACGGACAAUGGGUUUGGGACACCACCGAUAGAUUGAAAGAUCUUGAUGCUGCUUCUGGAACUAGCAUCUGGAAGUUCUGGGCCAUGAUCGAUGAUAAUAAUACUUAUUAA